UAUUUCUAUAUAUAUGGAAAGUUAAAAAAUCAUCAUAUAAUAAUCCAGAAAUUGCAAUAGAAAAGAAAAAAGGGAGGUUUGUGAUGAUUUUAAAAUCUUUUAUACUAGGUAAUCUAGUAUCCUUAUGCAUGAAGAUAAUCAAUUCGGUCGUUGUGGUCGGACUCUAUUAUGGAUUUCUGACCACAUUCUCCAUAGGGCCCUCUUAUCUCUUCCUUCUCCGAGCUCGGGUUAUGGAAGAAGGAGAAGAAGGAACCGAGAAGAAAGUAUCAGCAACAACCGGUUUUAUUACGGGACAGCUCAUGAUGUUCAUAUCGAUCUAUUAUGUGCCUCUGCAUCUAGCAUUGGGUAGACCUCAUACAAUAACUGUCCUAGCUCUACCGUAUCUUUUGUUUCAUUUCUUCUGGAACAAUCACAAACACUUUUUUGAUUAUGGAUCUACUACCAGAAAUUCAAUGCGUAAUCUUAGCAUUCAAUGUUUAUUCCUGAAUAAUCUCAUUUUUCAAUUAUUCAACCAUUUCAUUUUACCAAGUUCAAUGUUAGUCAGAUUAGUCAACAUUUAUAUGUUUCGAUGCAACAACAAGAUGUUAUUUGUAACAAGUAGUUUUGUUGGUUGGUUAAUUGGUCACAUUUUAUUCAUGAAAUGGGUUGGAUUGGUAUUAGGCUGGAUACAGCAAAAUAAUUAUAUUAGAUCUAAUGUACUUAUUAGAUCUAAUAAGUACCUUGUGUCAGAAUUGAGAAAUUCUAUGGCUCGAAUCUUUUGUAUUUUCUUUUUUUUUACCAGUGUCUACUAUUUAGGCAGAAUACCGUCACCCAUUGUUACUAAGAAACUGAAAGAAACCUCAGAAACGGAAGAAACAGAUGUAGAAAUAGAAACAACUUCCGAAAUGAAGGGGACUAAACAGGAACAAGAGGGAUCCACCGAAGAAGAUCCUUCCCCUUCCCUUUUUUCGGAAGAAAAGGAGGAUCCGUACAAAAUCGAUGAAACGAAAGAGAUACGAGUGAAUGGAAAGGAAAAAACAAAGGAUCAAUUCCACUUUAAAGAGACACGCUAUAAAAAUAGACCCGUUUAUGAAACUUAUUAUCUGGAUGGGAAUCAAGAACAAGAAAAUUCAAAGUUAGAAAUAUUUAAAAAAAGUGAUCUCUUCUGGUUUGAAAAACCUAUUGUGACUAUUCUUUUCGAUUAUAAACGGUGGAAUCGCCCAUUGCGGUAUAUAAAAAACAAUCGAUUUGAAAAUUAUGUAAGAAAUGAAAUGUCACAAUAUUUUUUUUAUACAUGUCAAAGUGAUGGAAAAGAAAGAAUAUCUUUUACGUACCCCCCCAGUUUGGCAACCUUUUUUGAAAUGAUACAAAGUAAAAUGUCUCUGUUCAGAAAAGAAAAAUUAACUUCUAAUGAAUUUUAUAAUCAGUGGAGUUAUAGGAAUGAACAUAAAAAGAAAAAGCUAAACAAUAAAUUUUUAAAUAGAGUAAAAACUCUCGACAAAACUCUAAAUCUAAAUAAAGAAUUUUUUGUUCUGAAUGUACUCGAAAAAAGAACUAGAUUGUGUAAUGAUAAGACUAAAAAAGAAUACUUAACAAAAAUAUAUGAUCCUUUCUUGAAUGGACCCUACCGGGGACGGAUCAAAAAAUUGUUUACACCUUCAAUCAUAAAUGAAGCUUCUAUAAAAAAUUACAUAGAAAGGGUUUGUAUAAAUAAAAUUCAUGGUAUCCUUCUUAUUAUUAAUUACUUAGAAUUUGAACAAAAAACAAAUCCAUUUGAUAUAAAUGAUAGAAAAUCAUUAGUAACAGAAAUCGGUUAUUUAUUGAAUUUAAUCAAUGAAUUGGCUGUAAAAUCAACAUCAAGUUUAAAUUUUCAAAGAAUUUUUUUAGUUCCAGAACACGAACAAGUAAGAAUUCAUUCAGAGGAUCAAUUUAAAAUUUUAAAUUUUUUAUUCGAUGCAGUUAGAACUGUUCCGAACGAUAAAACAAUAAAAAAAAAAUCUAUUGAAAUAAAAGAAAUUAAUAAAAAAGUUCCUCGGUGGUCAUACAAAUUAAUCACCGAUUUAGAACAACAAGAGGGAGAAACCGAGGAAAGUGUGGUAGAGGAUCAUGAGAUUCGUUCAAGAAAAGCCAAACGCGUAGUAAUUUUUACUGAUAACCACCAGAAUACUGAUGCUUAUACCAAUACCCAAGAAACUAAUAAUACUGAUCAAACAGCCGAAAUUGCUUUAAUACGUUAUUCACAACAACCGGACUUUCGUCGAGACAUAAUCAAAGGCUCUAUGCGCGCUCAAAGGCGUAAAACAGUUACUUGGAAACUUUUUCAAGCAAAUGUGCAUUCCCCUCUUUUUUUGGACCGAAUAGACAAAUCUUUUUUUUUUUUUUUUUUUUUAUUUUUCAGCCGGUAUGAAAAUAAUUUUUAGAAAUUGGAUGCGGAAAAACACAGAAUUUUCGGAUUAUACAGAGAAAAAAACAAAA